AUGAUACAAAGAAUUUUGAACGCUAAUAACUUUAAAUGCAAAUGUGGAAGUGUACUAAAGGAACCGCUCGUAUCAAUUCCUGGAUGUUCUGAUGAUUUCACCGCGAUAGCUGCUCUGCCGGACGAAUGGGCACCAAGACAUUGCGGGCAAACUUUAAGAAACUUUUUAAAAGAAAAUGAACAAGUAUACGAAACGGUCAUUAAAGAUUUUAAACAGGAAACAGAAUUAAUUAAUAAAGAUAUCGAUGAAAAGGUACGGUUUAUUGCAGAAGUUCUGUUAUCCGAAAUUCGACAUAAUCAAAAAGAUUUGGAGUGUGUGACAAAUAAUUAUGAAUUAUAUGAAAAUUAUCUUCCAAAUGAAAGUCGGAAUGAAGCAUUAAAACACAUUUAUAAAUUAUCUUUAAAACGAAUACAGGAUUUAGAGAGAUUUAAGCUGGAAGCAUUUGUUUUGGAAAAACAACGAGCAGAUGGUUUAAGGAAUGCUAUAAAGUCUAAUUUCCAACGUUUUAUAGCCGUGGGACAUAAAUCGCCUAGAGAUUUACUCCACGAUUUUGACGAAAAUAUUUUCGAAAUAAAUCAGCAAUUACUUAGCAAUUGUAGGGCUUAUAUAGAAUUGGAGGCCCAAUUACGUUUACAACUGAGUGAAAACGAAUUUCAUGCAAGAUCGGCUCUAAAUCAAUUAUGUCUUAGCAAGACAAAAUUGUUAAGGCAUCAAAGUGCCUUUCCUUGGACUCGCAAUACAGUAGCUGGCAGUAAAAUCAUUCCUAAAAUCGAAGAUGACCGUACUUUUAAUUUAGAAAAAUUAAAGGAUUGUACAUCUUCGUUGUUAAAUGUAUAUCAAGAUGUAAUUACGAAAUUGUUAACUUAUUAUUUGCAUUCUCUAGAAGAUUUGUACAAAAAUAUUUUAAACACUAAUAGUACACGCGAGCAAAAAAACGAUGUGCUAUUUUUUAAUGAUAUAGAAGUUAUUGCUCAAAUUUUACAACCAGUCACAGAUAUUUUGGACAAGAUGAUGAUUUUAAGUAAUACAAAUUUAGAUAUAAAUAUACAAAAAUAUUUAAAUAAUUUGCAAAAAAGCUUAAUAUCUCUAAAAGAUCAUCUUCACGAAAUAUGCUGUAUACUUUUUGAUGCUGGUCACAUUUGGGAUUACCUCGAAACACGUUUUGUGCUUGGUAAGAAAUUAACUUUAGCUACAUUAGAAGACGUACAGGCAGUUCAUGAUACAACUGAACUUGCGAAUGAAGUAAAUAUGAAUAUUGCUUUAGAACAAAUAAGUAGCGCAUCUGAUAUAGAAAAAUUAAACUAUCAAUUUAACUACGCUAACUCUCUUCUUGACAAAGCUACAGAAAUAUUAUAUCAACAUAGAGAGGUUGAGAUUAAUAAAAUUCAAGAAUUUAUAAACUUAUCGUCAAUUUUGGUAACUUUAUUUAUUUCCGAGUGCUCUUGCUAUCUGGAUAAAUAUCCGAAAGCACUGAUUGUUUCUGAUCGUUUGACAAAUUUUGUAUCAACUGAAUCUAUAGAAGAAAUUACUUCGAUUUGUAAUUCUAUAGUUGAAGGUGCCUCAAAAACCUGGAUAUAUGAAGAAUUCCUUGUCAAUUGGAGAAAUAAUUUCUUGGAGUCUUUUGGAGAUAGUGUACGUAAAAUCUCUGAAAGAAUAAAUUGUGAGACACAAACAUUUGUAGAAAAAAAUGGUUUACAAGUGAAUGUACGAUAUUCCUUAAAAUUGACAUCGCAUAGUAUUCGAGAAGAGCGCCUAAAAGCAGCUCAUGAAGCUCGAUUAGCCCAGCUUCUAAUGCACGAAGCGCGUUUAACUUCACAUUUAGAUGCUAUGUAUAAUCUUAUUGACGAAUUACCUUUAGAAGCGUCCGAAUUCCUAGGCUUAGACUCUCCAGAAUUAUAUCCAUUUUGUAAUUGGAUUAAAAAUAUCCAAUCGAGUGUGGAAAUUUUGUUACAGCAAGAAAAAAUUGACCCCGAGGUUAAAAGACUAAAAAUGAUGAGCUACUCACAGCGUUUGACGAGACACCGACAACUUUUUGAAGAGUCGCUUGAUUCGGCUAUAGAGGAGUACAAAAAACAGAUUAAACGUAAAAUACAAAAAGCCCGCAUUUCAAACGUAGGAUUUUUAUCUCAGGUAAAACUUUUUGGUGAAGGAGGUAACUACGCAGCAUCAGAAGCUCUGAAGACAUUUACGUCGUUGGUGAAAGCGGCAGAUGCUCUAGAGACGUGCGCCCAUCGCACUAUAGACGCUUUACAUCACAGGCGUAUGCAAUUAUUAGCUCUAGCAGAUCACCAAAUAUCUUCCCAACGUAUCGACGAUGUCCAAAAAUAUGGUUCCAAAAAUGUUUCAGACAAGAAGAAACCACUUAAUAAAAAGAAG